AUGGAAGAAAAACUGGUUGAAGCUGUUAGAGGUGGUUUAGAACGUGAUGGAGUUUUGGGAAAGUUAAGAUCUGAAAUUAGGUGUGAAGUAUUAAGAUUGCUUGGUAUCCAUGAUUUAAAGAAAGUUUCCAAACCAAUUAUUACGCCAGAAGUGAAUCUGAUUAAUUCAUUAAUUGGUGAAUAUCUACAGUGGAUCGGAUACUCCUACACUAGUGCAAUAUUCAGUUCAGAGUCAGAUUUUAUAUAUUCAAGAGAUGAAAACAUACAUCGCAGAAUAAUGAGUGAACUGGGGCUGAAAGACAGCUCAGAUGAUUCUUUGCCUCUAUUAUGCCAAUUGAUAAACAAAGUGAAACAAAAUUGUAAUUAUUAG